GUGACUGACUGGAGUGGAAGUCCACUUGACUUUGCUGUGGACGAAGGAGAGCGAAGGGUCUUAUUUCCUUUCGGCGGUGUUCUUGCAACAAAUGAUAGCAUACAUGAACAGGAUUAAUCAAUAGCAUAUAUGUAUAUAUGCUGUAUAUGCUACGACGGCGGCGGCGGCCAUGGGAAGAGCUCCUUGCUGCGACAAGAAUGGAGUAAGGAGAGGGCCCUGGGCUACUGAGGAAGACCAGAAACUCAUCGAUUAUAUCCACAAGAAUGGCUGCACUAACUGGAGAACCCUCCCAAAAAAUGCUGGGCUACAAAGGUGUGGAAAGAGCUGUCGUCUACGUUGGACUAACUAUCUACGCCCCGACAUUAAGAGAGGGAAAUUUUCUUCUGAAGAAGAACACACAAUUAUCCAACUCCACGCUGUCCUCGGCAACAAGUGGUCUGCAAUUGCCGCAAGACUUCCGGGGAGGACAGACAAUGAGAUCAAGAACUACUGGAACACGCACAUUAGCAAGCGCCUCCUCCAGAUGGGAAUCGAUCCCACGACUCAUACACCUCAUCUUCUCAAUCUCUCCAACACCGCCGCCGUCGUGAACUCCUCCAUCUGUCCUAACUCACAUCCUCAUAUCAAUUUUUCGACUCUAGUCUCAAUGCAGCCGGCGUUGACUUAUGAUUCUCGAUUACUAAACACCGUUUUCCAUCAAGACGCGGGGUUCGCCAAUCUUAUUCCAACGCCAAUUGUUCAAGAUUCUGGGCCUCGAGCUCCUCCCGAUAGAGCUCAUGACCAACUCAUGCAUGGCGAUGAGAUGGGGCCGAGUAAUGGAUCGCGGCUUUCAACUUUAACGGAAGGCUAUGGUUCGCUGUCUGAUUAUGGCUAUUAUGGCUUGGAGCCGCCGUUUGUGGACCUGAAUCCGUCACCGGAGGCAUUGGCUUUUCAAUCUAACAACCACCGCGAUUUCUACUUUUGGCAUGCUUUCUUGAACCCAUCGACUUUAUCGUCGAGGAGUUCGACACCGUUGCAAUCAAAUUGGACAUAUAAUUUAUACGGCAGCGGCGGCGACGACGGUGGUGAGGAUGGAAGGGGAAGUUAUUGCGGAAGCAUGACGGAGAUGGAGUUUCAAAUGCCCGGAAUUGUGGAUGCCGUUGUUAACCAUUUCGUGUAAUUAGUUUCAUGACCAAAAACUUGAUUGGAUAUAUCAAGGGAUCGAAUCAUUUUCAAGCCACAUCUUACUUAUUCUUGUAAUGACCGUUGAAGGAAGUAGCCGUUGCAAUUAAUGUUAUUCGUGUCUUGCCCAUCGACAAGUUGAGGAAAGUAUUCCCUUGUUUCUUUAAGUUCUUCAAUUCAUCCGCAGCUAUUCAUAAAUUUCUUUCCCUUUUUAUCAAAAAAAUAAAAUAAAAUAAAAUUUAAUUUAACAAAAAAAAAAAAAAAAUCAAAA